AUGGCCCAAGGAAGUCUUCUCACCUCAUUCCUCGGCGCCCUGCAAGCCUGUGUCUCUGUCCUCCUGACCCUAGCAUACGGCGCUGCAGCCCGCAAAUUCGGCCUCAUCCAGCGCUCUUCUAUUCACGAUGUAUCCAGCCUGGGUAUGAAAGUCCUCCUACCUGCGCUGAUUCUAGUCCAUCUGGGCGAGCAGUUGCAGCUGGACAAUGUGUUGAAUUAUGUUCCCGUUCUCGUUUGGUCAAUAACAUAUACAACCUUCUCGAUUCUUCUGGCGCGGUUGGCGUCGAAGUUCCUCAGACUACCUGACUGGGUGACCCCCACCUCGGCGUUCAACAACACGACGUCCUUGCCGCUACUCCUCUUGCAAUCGCUGGAGGGCGUCGGAAGCCUCAAGAUGAUUGUCCCAGAAGGCGAGUCGGUGUCUGAUGCUGUGGCCAGAGCACAGAGCUACUUCUUGCUUUGCGGCGUCAUCAGCAAGACGAUUGGAUAUGUUGUUGGGCCGACGAUGCUCAUCAGUGAGAAACCCGGCAACGAUAACCGAAUAUGCGGACAUGGCGAUGAGCACGAGCAGUACGAUUACUCGGACCCCUACACCGGUACAGCAGACGAAGAAAGCCCACUCCUCAACAACCGGCAAAGCGCAAACCACGAAGGGAAGAUCAAGCGCUGGACCAAGAAAGCCUUCGUUGAUCUUCCUAAAUGUCUCAAGCAUAAGACCCUCAAGAACGAUACGCCCGUGGCUGAUAUCGCGAUUUUCUGUACGAUUAUCGGCGGUGUCCUUGGUCUUGUCCCGCAGUUGCAUAAGGCGUUCUUCAAUAGUUAUGAGGAUGGAGGAAUCUUCAAUGCGUGGUUGACUUCGAGUGUCAAGAAUAUCGGCAAACUUUUUACGACGCUGCAGAUCUUCAUUGUUGGGUGUGAGCUCGGGGUUAGUUUUGAGAAAAUGAAGAAGGAUUCCCAUGAUGGCGAUGACGACGAUGACAGUGAUGGGAGUGGAGGUUCAAGCAGUAACCCCGGUUGGAAGGCGAUUUUGACGAUCUUUAUGAUCAGGCUUGUGGUUUGGCCUGCCCUCAGUAUCUCCAUCAUAUACGGCCUCGCGAAGAAAACCUCUGUGCUGAGAUCAGACCCUAUCCUCUGGUUCAGUAUGAUGCUUAUGCCCGCCGGCCCUCCGGCAUUGGUUAUCCAGGGACUUGCGGAGCUGGCAAAGGCGUCAGAGACGAAGAAGAUGACUAUUGCGAAGACGUUGACGAAGGGAUGUACACACUCCGCACUCCUUGCAUUGGCAGUCCUGACCGCAAGUACAGGUGUUGGGUCCGCUGCAGCCGCAGGUGUUUCCAGUUCCACAACCACAGCCAGCCAUUUCGAUUUCGUAGAGGUAGAUUUAAAGAGUUCUGAUGUUAAGUGUGGAUAUGGUAGGUUUCAGUGCCACGGAUGCAAAUAUGGAGAUCAGAUUGCGUGCCCAGAUGAAGCUGGGGGGCGAGCAUUUAUAGCUCCGGGGCUCUGUGCUGUCAGUUUGGCAAAGGGACCCCGCGGAGUAGAUCUGAAGGUCUUAUGGGCACCGCAUCCUUGUAAGAGCUUAGGAGGUUCAAUUUUUGACAAUACCGAUGACUGUUCAAGAGCCAAUAAUAUCGGUGAACAGGCAGACAUGGUCAUGCCCUCGACAUCCCUUGAAUAUCCGGCCUCUAACAGCUUCCGAUGGCGUCAGGAUGUCCUUGCUUUGCUUUCUCUCACCCUUCCACCAAAUACAGCUCCUGUUCAUAAUAUUCUCGCAGUUGACAUUUGCCUUUCAAGUUCCAAGUCCGAGUUUGCGUUUCGUCUUUCACCUAAUCGUACUCUCACACCCCGUCUUCUUGUCUUGUCCGGUGGAGCUUGGCGCCUUCCCCAGCGUUUAAGCCCGAUAAGACCUCGCUCACUCCACCCGAUCGAGGUCUCCCCUCGCACCUCUCAGCUGGCAUCUCUCAAAGCUUCAUCGCCGCAUCUCGCUGCAAAUACUGAGCAUUUUACCUCAGAGGUAAGCUCUGCUCUCCUGGUUCUUCUACAAGAGCCGGGCGGAAAGGGCAGAUUGGAAAUAUUCGAUCUGGCAGACGCCCCUCCUUUAUAUACGCCCUCGUCCGCGGCCCCCGACCUCCCCAACGCUUCCAUCCCAUCCGAUUCCCUCCCUUCCCGCCCGAGCGCCGGCUCCUCCGAUAGCAUCCCCCCCCAACCGCAGCGAGAUACUGUCAGCAGCCACCGUCUGUCCGGCACCGCCGAGCGUUUAACCUCCAAUAACCGUCGCCGUCGUUUGAGCUCAUCUGAUACGCUUGAUUCUUAUACCUACGGGACAGGAGGUCGUGCGGGAGGUCACACGGCGGCAAGCGAAGUUAGUCCUCAGGAACAAACAACAAAUCAGUUUGGCGCCUCAUCAGAGGGCCAUCCUCCUUUGCCCAAGCGCAGGCGCCUGGCGAACAUGCGACCAGAUGGAAUAUCGAGUACGAACAACUUCUCCCAAUUGUCCAAGGGCGGGGCCGCCUCGCCCGCUCAGAAGGCGGCCCUAUCUCGAGCUCUAAAUGGUCAAGCAUCGUAUUCUAGUUCAAAUGGAGAUAUGAAGACGGACGGACUCCAAAAGCCAUCGAAAACCUCCUCAUAUUUCAACCAUGACCGUGAAGAGGUCACUAGGAUACUCAUCCAGAGUCUCUAUGAGCUUGGCUAUAGCAAUUCGGCAGAUCUAUUGAGCAAGGAGAGCGGCUACCAACUUGAGAGUCCAGCGGUUGCUAUCUUCAGAAAUGCAGUUCUCGAGGGACGAUGGGCCGAGGCUGAACGGAUAUUGGUACAAUCAUUUCAGGGACACGUCGAGGACGAGACGACGAGCAAAGAGAAGCUGGCCUUGGUUGACAACGCGGAAAAGAGCGAAAUGCUGUUCUAUCUCCGGCAACAAAAGUUCCUUGAGUUACUGGAUGCUCGGGAUCUCGGGGCGGCCUUGAUGGUGCUUCGCUAUGAACUUACGCCUUUGAACUACGACGUCGGACGCCUCCACGCUCUUUCUAGUCUGCUCAUGUGUCCUCCGGAGCAUCUACAUGACCAGGCCAGCUGGGACGGUCCCGUUGGCUUCUCUAGAGAGCGACUGCUAUCCGAGCUAUCAAAAUCCAUAUCUCCAUCCGUGAUGAUACCUGACAACCGACUUGCAACGUUAUUAGAUCAUGUGAAACAGAACCAGAUAAAUCAGUGCUUAUAUCAUAAUACGGCGCAGUCUCCAUCCCUUUAUUCGGAUCACAUGUGCGACCGGGAUGACUUUCCCCUCGGCACGAAACUCGAGCUCAAUAAGCACACCGAUGAGGUUUGGCACUGCCAAUUUUCUCACGACGGCACAAAAUUAGUCACGGCAGGCAAAGACAAAAAAGUUUUCAUCUACGACACAAGUACAUUCUCUGUACUACUUACGCUGGGAGAACAUAAGGAGGGCGUCGCCCAUGCCGUGUGGAGUCCAGACGAUACCAAGUUGAUCACCUGUUCUCGUGAUUCUACAGCUCGUGUCUGGAGCACAGAGACUGGGAGAUGCAUCCUCACCAUCAACAGCCACCAAGAGCCGGUGACCGCAGCUGUUUGGGCCCCUGACGGUGAAUCGUUCGUGACAGCUUCUCUGGACGUGACCUCUCAGCUGUGCCAUUGGAACAUCCGGGGCCAACCCAAGUAUAUGUGGCAUGGCGGUUUCCGCGUUUACGACUGUGCCAUUACCCCCGACGGCCGGCGUCUAAUUGCUGUGGACGUCGAAAAGAAGAUCCGCGUCUACAACUUCCAUACCCACGAGGAGGAAUAUAUUCUCCCGUUGAAAAGCAGGGCGACUUCCGUUGUUGUCAGCAGAGACUCGCGCCACAUGCUGGUAAAUCUGACCGAAUGUCAAAUUCAACUGAUCGACAUCGAGACGAGUGAGGUUAUCCGCCGCUUCCAAGGCCAGAAGCAGAGCGAAUUCGUCAUCCGGAGUACAUUCGGAGGUGCUGCAGAGAACUUCGUCGUCAGUGGCAGUGAAGAUUCUCGUAUCUAUGUAUGGCAUAAGGAGAACGGCACAUUAGUUGAGACUCUUGAAGGACAUAUCGAUGGGUGUGUAAAUGCGAUUUCAUGGAACCCUGCCGAUCCAGGCAUGUUCGCAUCAGCAGGUGAUGACCACUUGGUUAAGAUUUGGACUCGAGAGCGCGAUGCACAUCCCAACAGUACGCCAGGGAAACGACGAACGGUGUCUGGAAACGGCUAUGCUCGAACAAGUGCGUUGCGGUCAACAUCAAGCUUUUGA